AUGGCCGAUCAUACCGAGUACAGUGGCGGCACAGUCGAGGCCGACCAUCUCUGCGUGCUGGUGCAUGGGCUAUGGGGCAAUCCGAAUCACAUGAAGAGCAUUGCGAAGGCGCUGCGCGCCAAGUACCCUGCCGACAAAGUCAACAUCCUCUGCGCUAAACGCAACAGCGGCUCCUUUACCUACGACGGCGUCGAGCUUGGAGGCGAGCGGCUAUGUCUCGAGAUCGAGGAGGAGCUCCGUGCCAUCGAGCAGCGCGGCGGCAGGAUCGCUAAGCUGAGCGUCGUCGGGUACAGCCUCGGAGGGCUCGUCGCGCGCUAUGCGAUCGGCCUGCUGUUCGCAAAAGGGGUGCUGGACGGGCUGGAGUGCAAGAACUUCACCGCCUUUGCCAGCCCCUUUAUCGGGGUGCGGACACCGUUGCACGGCUGGGCGAACCAGGUGUGGAACACCCUGGGCGCGAGGACACUGUCCAUGUCUGGACGACAGCUGUUCGGAAUCGACAAGUUUCGCGACACCGGCAGGCCCCUGCUCGCGGUGCUGGCCGACACCAACUCCAUCUUCAUCAAGGGUCUGGCCAAGUUCCAACGACGGACACUCUAUGCGAAUAUCACGAACGAUCGAAGCGCGGUGUACUACACAACUUGCAUUGCAAAAACCGACCCCUACACGGAUUUGACGAAAGUGCGGGCAAACUUCGUCCCAGGCUACGAAGAUGUCAUCCUCGACCCAGUAUACCCAGUCGAACAUAUACCACCGCAUAAGUGGAAGAAGGAUACGUUCUCAGAGAAAUUCAACAAGGGCCUAUACCGCAUCCCCUUCAUGAUGGCACUGGUAGUCUUCGUCCCCAUCGGCAUCGUAGCCUUCCUAGUCAACAGCGCGAUCCAGACAGUGCGCAGCUCCAAGCGCAUCGCACUACACGAGAACGGCGAGGCCGGCAUCGACAUCUCCGAAUACCGCGUCCCACUCCUGAUCAACGAGAUCCGCGGGGCGGUCGAAGACGCGUACGAAGGGCUCAACAGCUCCCAGCACCAGGAAUACCUGGGCUCGUCCGACGACUCCGAGAGCGACUCCUCCGAGCCCGACGCCGGUUCCGCCUCCACCCCCUUGCUGAGCGAGGCCGAGCCGUUUGCAGGUCUCGACAAGGCCCGGGCCCGGCGCGCCAGCGAGCGGAACAUCCUGCGCCAUGAGCGCAAGCAGAGCCAGCCCGGGCAGCCCACGCUGGCGCUUGCACCAACCCAGUUCGAGAUGAUCAGGGCCCUGGACAGUGUUGGGUGGCGCAAGUACCCCGUGUGGAUUCACAAGAAUCGGCAUAGCCAUGCGGCUAUUAUUGUCCGCAUAGAGAAGGAAUCACAUGACGAGGGGCACAUUGUCCUGAAGCACUGGUUGAACGAGGAGUUCUUGGUCUAG